AUAUUAAGUGUACUUUUAGGCGAAAGCAAAGGUAUUCCAAGACGCAUUGCCUUAAUUUUCCAACGAGUUGUAGAAUUAUUGGCUAAAUUAAUCCAAUCACCCGGUUUAUCAGCAUUUUCCCACGUUUCAUUGGCGUUGGAGCAACAAGUGGUUGUCUGUUUUAUAAACCAUUUUUUUUGUGAUCUGCUCUUGCCGAUUGAUCGCCUUCAGUAACAUUCACCAGUCUUGUGGAAUAUUCCGUGGGCACAGCAUCUGUCGAAAUGGCGUCCGGUAAAUUGGCCUUGAUUAGUGUAUCCGACAAGACAAGCUUGGUCCCCCUGGGUAAGCGUCUGCAGUCACUGGGAUUGAAAUUAGUGGCAAGUGGAGGCACAGCUAAGAAUCUCCGGGACAGUGGACUCAAUGUCAAGGAUGUGUCUGAGUUAACAGGGGCUCCAGAGAUGCUGGGUGGUCGGGUAAAAACCCUCCAUCCAGCAGUUCAUGGUGGUAUCUUGUCCAGGAACACCCAAUCUGACCAGGCAGAUUUGCAAAAACAGGGCUAUGAACUCAUUCAGAUUGUCGUGUGCAAUCUCUAUCCCUUCGUGGACACAAUCUCCAAGCCAGGAGUCACUCUUGAGAGUGCUGUGGAGAACAUUGAUAUUGGCGGAGUGACUCUCUUGAGAGCAGCAGCGAAAAAUCAUGCCAGAGUCACAGUUCUCUGUGAUCCCGAGGACUACGAAGCAGUUUUCCAGGAAAUCCAGACAAAUGGCGAUACAAAACUCGAGACAAGGCAGAGACUCGCCCUUAAAGCUUUCACUUGCACCGCUCUCUACGACGAUGCAAUUUCCGAUUACUUCCGGAAGCAAUUUUCAACUGGAAUUUCACAUCUUCCACUGAGAUACGGCAUGAAUCCUCAUCAGAAACCCGCUCAGCUCUUCACCACGCUCAAGGAACUGCCCCUGAAAGUCCUCAACAGUUCUCCAGGCUUCAUUAAUCUCUGCGAUGCUCUCAAUGGCUGGCAAUUGGUUCGGGAACUCAAAGCUGCUCUCAAUCUUCCAGCUGCCACGAGUUUCAAACACGUGUCUCCGGCUGGAGCUGCUGUUGGUGUUCCCCUGUCACGGGAACAGGCUCAGUUGUGCAUGGUUGAUGAUAUCUAUGAAUCUCUUACGCCGAUGGCGACAGCUUAUGCAAGAGCUCGUGGGGCUGAUCGCAUGUCGUCAUUUGGCGAUUUUGUUGCACUCUCCGAUGUCUGUGACGUGGCCACAGCAAAGAUAAUCUCACGCGAAGUAUCUGAUGGAAUUAUUGCACCGGGAUACGAGCCCGAAGCUCUUGAAAUACUCCGAAAGAAAAAGAAUGGAGCUUAUUGUGUCCUCCAGAUUGAUCCUAAUUAUGAGCCCAGCCUCAUGGAAAGAAAGACUCUCUUCGGUUUGCAAAUGGAGCAGCGUCGCAAUGAUGUGAAAAUCAACGAGAGUGUCUUUGCGAAUGUCGUAACGAAGGAGAAGAAUCUCUCACAGGGCGCAGUUAGGGAUUUAAUUGUGGCCACAAUUGCCCUAAAGUACACUCAGAGCAAUUCUGUAUGUUACGCCAAAGACGGGCAGGUAAUUGGAAUUGGCGCUGGCCAGCAAUCCCGCAUCCACUGCACUCGUCUGGCCGGAGACAAAGCUGACAACUGGUGGCUGCGUCAGCAUCCCAAAGUGGUAGGAAUGCAAUUCCGGAAGGGAGUCAAGAGGGCAGAGAUCUCAAAUGCCAUUGAUAAUUACGUUAAUAAUACCGUUGGCAAGGACAUGCCUCUGUCUCAAUUUGAAGCUAUGUUCGAAAAGGCUCCAAGUGCCCUAACGGCUCAAGAUCGGGAAUCUUGGGCUCGGCAACUGACUGGAGUAUCCCUGGCUUCGGAUGCUUUCUUCCCCUUCAGGGAUAACAUCGACAGAGCUCGCCAGUCAGGAGUUUCCUUCAUUGGAAGCCCGGCUGGUUCCACCAACGAUGCUGGUGUUAUUGAGGCUUGUAACGAACACGGAAUGGUUCUAGCUCAUACCAAUAUCCGGCUCUUCCAUCACUAAUUUCGCUUUGCCAUUUUCUGCAACUUUUCGAUUUUAUAAAAAAAAAAUGUUCCUUUUUUGAUUUUGUUAAAUAAAAUUUUGAUUCAAG